CUUAGUAUUAAUGGCAUUAUAGUCUAGUAAAGGUGAGCGGCCCAGGUCCAGGUCCAUGCCAGAGAUUCAUAGACAGCUAAAGAAACUAGGCAGCCAUGAAUCACAGCGACAUCGCCGAGACGCUAUCACAUUCUAUUGCUAGCAUUUCUGAUAAGGUUGCAACGUGCUCGAACCUCAUCAUUAUUAUCAAGACCCAGAGGCUCAGAAAAAAGCUAGCCAAUAUCUACGCCCGCAUGUUCAAGUUCUACCGAGACGCCAUCUCCUGGUAUUUACACUCAAGGAUAUCUAGGGUAUUCUCAAGUUUCAAUGAGAACUUGAAAAAAGAACGUGAGGAUGCCAGGAAGGACAUAGAAGACUGUAUCAAUGAACUGUACCGUGAAGCAUCCGUCGGUAGUACGGCGACGAUCGCUAUCCUCAGCGGGAAAAUCACUAAUCUCGAAACUGAGCUGUCACGCCAAAGGCAGAAUUACGCAGCGCAGGACACAGCGGCAGGGCGCCGCAUGGUCGUGAUGAUGGAGGCGAGCUGGAUGGACAGCAGAAUCUCAGGGCGGACCCUCGAAUCAGCAAACCCAACGCGCUUACUCGAGCCUGCGCCACAUGUGCAAGACAUAGCCCCAGCCAGCAUAACGCGAGCCCAAGCCCGCGCCCACAGCUCCACAAUCAAGGUCUUCGUCAUCGGGACUGAAGGCCCAGGUAUGUUUGGCGCGAGAAAAAUCUGGCUCGCAGAGGACGCGAUAUUCCCAAAGCUGCGCACGUGGAUGGUCGAAAACGCCUCGUCGCGUACGCUCUGGAUAUCCAGCCCCUACGACAAAGAGGGGACUACGAGCACACGCGCAGCGGCUCUAGCGGUUGUCACGGCAGCAUGGCAGGCGGAGACACCCCUCAUCUCGCAUUUCUGCCAGCGGCCACGACCGCGAGAAGUGCGAUCAGGCAUGAGCAUCGUGCAAGUAGGAUUACUAGGGUUAGUGUACAGUCUAAUUCACCAGCUGCUGCAGUUCGGUUCAGAAGAGGAGACAUUGCCCAUCAGCGAAGAAAAGAUGGCGGCUCUGGACGGAAGUAACGAAUCAUGGGAGGUAAGUCUUCACGGUCUCUACAACCCAUAUUCAAUUCCACAUUUUCAAUAA